ACUAUCAAGAUACUCAGAAUGGCUCAGGCUCGCCGUUCCAUUUAUCAUAAUCCAGAUGCAAAGCAGUUUAGGAUCGACCGUGAGGUCGCUGGCACAGAGAAACAGUUCCAUCAAUCCCUUCCUUCAUAUGAACCAAGUCCACUCGUUUCUCUCGAUAAGCUUGCAAAGGAACUAGGAGUGGCAAAGGUCUUUAUCAAAAACGAGAGCAGCCGUCUAGGUCUUCCAUCUUUCAAGAUUCUCGGUGCUUCAUGGGCUGUCUACCUGGCCGUCUCGUCACAUCUUAAUCUACCGGGCCCUUCGUUGGAGGAGCUCUCUCGCGCGGCCGCAAGUGCACGUAUCAAGCUGCUCGCCGCGACAGACGGUAACCAUGGACGGGCCCUUGGCCGCAUGGCGAAGAUACUGGGCAUCUCCUCCGAGGUCUUUGUUGGCAAGAAUCUCGACCAGCAUAUCCGAGACCGGAUAGCCAGCGAAGGGGCUACAGUCACCGUUGUCAAGGGAGACUAUGACAAUGCAAUCUCUGCAGCAGCGAAGAAGGCAGACGAACAUCCAAAUUUCAUCUUAGUUCAAGACACUGCCUUUGAAGGAUACGAGAAGAUUCCCACCUGGAUUGUCGAUGGCUACUCUACGAUGUUGACUGAGAUUGAUGGCCAGCUGCAGGACAUGGAGCUCAAACCGACGGUGAUAGUCUCGCCUGUGGGCGUAGGCUCCCUCUGCCAAGCGGUAGUAUCUCACUACAAAGCAAAAGGCAGGGAAGUGUCUGUUCUCACUGUCGAGCCGGAUGUGGCUGCCUGUCUGCACAAGAGCUUGAAGGCAGGCCAGUUGACACAGGUGAAGGUAUCCAAGACGAUAAUGAGCGGGCUGGAAUGUGGCACUGUCUCAUCGAUUGCAUGGCCGAUAUUACAGCCUGGAGUCGAUGCCAGUGUCACCAUCUCCGACUACGAGGCCCAUCAGGGAGUGCAGUAUCUAAGUUCAAAAGGGGUCAAUGUAGGGCCCUGCGGUGCUGCAGGUCUAUCUGGUCUACGACAUGUUGCUAAAACGCAACCCUCCUGUAUCGGUUUAUCCCCUGAUUCUGUCAUCGUUAUCCUGGGGACAGAGGGGAGCCGCCCGUAUACCACACCAAAGGACGUCUCUUCAGACGACUGUGUCGAGUUAACUCAGACUCUCACGCAGAUUAACUCGUCUAACCCAUCAGAGUCGAACCCUAGCGGCGUGGGUGAAGGCGAGAUAUCAGACUACAUAAUUUCCUGGCUAGAGCAUCGAGACCUGGAAGCUCAUCGGCUGGAGGGUACCCCUGGUAGGCCAUCUGUGAUAGGUAUCCUGCGUGGAACUGGAGGAGGCAGAUCCCUGAUGAUGAACGGCCAUACCGAUACGGUGACACUGGAUAGCUACUCGUCUGGCCUCAAUCCUCUUUCGGGAGAGCUGGCUGUAUCCUCUAAUGGGCGCAAGAGAGUGGUAGGGCGUGGCACACUAGAUAUGAAGGCUGGUAUUGCUGCUUCAAUGAGAGCGCUGGCACACGCCAAAACCUCGUCCCCUCCACCCCGCGGAGACGUCAUAUUAGCAGCGGUUGCGGACGAAGAAUAUUCAUCUAUUGGCACCAAAGAACUUCUGAAAGCCGGCUGGCGAGCUGACGCCGCUAUCGUGGUUGAACCAACCCUUGAAACGAUCGCUCAUGCACACAAGGGAAUGACGUGGCUGGAAAUAGAGAUAUUGGGCGUUGCUGCUCAUGGAUCAAGGCCCGACGAUGGAGUUGAUGCGAUUUUACUUUCCGGAUACUUCCUAACGGCGCUGAAAGAAUAUGAAUCUACGCUGCCGGAGGAUAGUGAUCUAGGCAGAGCCUCUCUCCACGCCAGCUUGAUCAGGGGUGGAAUCGAACCGAACAGUUAUCCCGCCUCAUGCAAGCUUACGGUGGAAUUCAGGACUAUCCCAGUCCAGACGAAGGAGUCCAUCGUGGCAGAUGUCAGUGGGAUAUUGGCUAAGAUCAAGAAGCGGGUGGCUGGAUUCAAAUAUCGGCCUCCACAGGUACUGGCUCACAAGGCUCCGUUUGAGAUUGCAAAGGACCACCCCUUUUCCAGGUGUGUGUAUGAUGCUACGGGCAAGGUGUAUGGCGAGCCUUGUCCGUUUCAGGCACUGGACCCCUGGACCGACGCCGCUCUACUUCAUGACGCGGGCAUCCCUUCCAUCGUAUUCGGGCAGUCUGGUGCUGGGCUUCAUUCGGAGUAUGAAUGGGUUGAUGUUGAGAGCAUCCGAAGAACUGAAGGUGUGAUAACUGCAGUGAUACAGGAUUUCUGCCGUUAA